UGUGCUCUCAGCGUCUCUCUGACAGCACAGCCCAGUCUGUUACACACAGCGCUUCUCUGACAGCAUAGCCUGGCUGUUAUGCACAAACCUGCUCUGAGCAAACAUGAGGAACUUCAUCGCGACUCUUCUCCUCACUUCCUCGCUGGCCUUGGUAACACAAGGUGAACCCUGUCACUCUGAACCCUGCCAGAACGGAGGGACGUGUCUGACGGGAGUCACGACUGACCCCUAUUAUUGUGUGUGUCCCGAAGGAUUCACCGGCAGCCAAUGCAACGAAACAGAAGAAGGAAGUGGUUCAGAGGAACAGCCCUGGUACAACGUGGAAGACACAAGGUAUAACGAUGGCAGGCGUGGCUCUGCGUCCACAGGACCUUGUGUCCCAAACCCGUGUGAAAAUGGCGGCGUGUGUGAUGUGAUCUCACUUCAGCGCAGGGGAGAUGUCUUCAGUGAAUACACCUGCAAAUGUCCCGCUGGCUUCCAGGGUGUUCACUGUCAGACCAAUGUUAAUGAGUGCUCCUCAGGGCCCUGCAGGAACGGCGGGAUGUGCCUGGACCUGGAGGGCGAUUACACCUGUAACUGCCCCUCCCCUUACUUGGGCAAAAGCUGCCACCUGAAGUGCGACUCGGUGCUGGGGAUGGAAGGAGGCUCCAUCGAGGACACUCAGAUCACCGCCUCCUCCGCACACCUGGGCUUCCUGGGACUGAAGCGCUGGCGGCCGGAACUGGCUCGACUCAACAACCAGGGCAUGGUCAACGCCUGGAGCAAGGCCACCUUCGACCAGCAGCCCUGGAUUCAGGUGGAUUUGCUGAGGAAGAUGCGUCUGACGGGGAUAGUAACACAGGGCGCCUCGUGUGUGGGGACUCCCGAGUUUAUCAAAAUGUUCAAGAUCGCUUAUAGCUUGAACGGGGUCAAAUUCACCAUCUUCAAAGGCAGCAGCAAAAGCAAAGACAAACUAUUCACUGGGAACUGGGAUAACAACCACCAGAAGAAGAACCUGUUUGACCCUCCCAUCCUGGCUCAGUAUAUACGGCUGCUGCCUGUGAUUUGCCAGCAAGCCUGCACCCUGCGCAUGGAGCUCCUGGGCUGUGAGCUCAAUGUUGAUUUAAACGUGACAGGUUGUUCGGAGACUCUGGGCAUGAAGUCGCGGAUGAUAAAGGACGAGCAGGUGACGGCCUCCAGCACUGACAGCCUGUGGGGUAUGGAUUGCUUUACCUGGCGGCCCAGCCUGGCCCGGCUCGAUAACAACGGCAAGACCAACGCCUGGACCUCGCGGUUCAGCAACCGCGAUCAGUGGUUGCAGGUUGACCUGUUGACUCCAAAGAAGAUUAGUGGGAUCAUCACCCAGGGAGCCAAGGACUUUGGGAAGGUUCAGUAUGUGCAAUCCUUCAAAAUCGCCCACAGCCUCGAUGGCAAGUCAUGGAACGUUUACAAAGAUAAUUCCACCAACACUGACCAGAUUUUCGAAGGAAACUACGACAACAGCAGCCACAAAAGGAAUGUGUUUGAGCGGUCGUUCUAUGCACGCUUCCUGCGUGUGCUGCCAUGGACCUGGCACAAGAGGAUCACCCUGCGCAUGGAACUGUUGGGAUGUAACGAAUAGAGAGCGUCUCCCGCACCCGUGUGUCACAGUGACACACAUGUGUCAUGUCACACUGGGCACGUGGUGCUCACUCACUAUUUUAUACAUGUUUAUAAACAGUGGGAUUCCAGCUUUUCUCCACAACUAACCUCUUCCCCAACUCCAGCCUCUUGCCUCCCCACUCCCCCAAACCCCACCUCAGGGGCUCAGCGACCCUAUUGGAUACUCUCCCCCCCAUCCCCGAAGGGAACUCCAUUGUUACGAAAACCAAUAGGGUUUAUAUCCCCCCCACCAGCCACCAGGAAUCCCGAGCCCAUUCUGCCUGCGCUGGAGUCUGGUGAGCAUGAGGCUGACCUUGUGCUCCCUCCCAUCACUGCCGGACCCUGUGCCUCCCCUCCUGCACUGACUUGACCGUGUGCCCCCCCUCAGCACUGCUGGACCCUGCGCCCCCCACCCACACUGACUGAUCCUGUGACCUCCCGGCACUGACUGACCCUGGGACCCCACCCCCCGCACUGAUUGACCUCCCACAUGACGCUCUCCUGCUCUCUUUCUGCCACAUCACAUACAACAGCUGGCCGCACCCCGGCCUCACAGUUUCGCUUUGGCCAUUUGGCCGGGGGGGGGGGCAGGGGUGAGUGUCAGGUGGGGGGGUUAACGCCGAAGUGGGUGGGGGGUGGUUUUAGGAUAAAAGAGUAAAAUCUGAAAGCUAAGCAGAUUUUUUACCUGAAACAGACGGAUGUUAUUAUUAAUCUCCCAAUCAGUGACAGGAAAGGUCAAGGGAUUAGCAAAACAACAUGGGAUACAUAUCCUCACACGUUACUGACACGUCUCUUCUCCAAACAUGCUCACUGACCCCCCGCCCCCACACGCUCACUGACACACACACACAUUCGCUGACACACACACAAGCUUACUGUCUGUCAGGUUAAAUCCAUGCAAUACCUGUGGAGGUUGUGCGGGGUGGGGGGGGGGUGGUGGAAUGUGGCUCCGACCUACAGCACAGGAUGUAGCUUUGAAAUUCCAGUGUGCCCCUGCCUGCAGGAAUAUCACACGUGAACGUACCUGCCUGUGGCAUGCAGCAUGGUCUGAGGCAGCUACAUCAGAUACACACAGCAGGUGCCGGUGUGUCGCUCUGUGUGUGAGUCAGGAAUUGAUCCAGAUUAACACAGUGUCUGGGCAAGAUGAGAGCAGGAGGGACCAGGACUGAAUGUGGGAUUCAGGGUCAGAGGCCAGGGGGCGUGGGGUGGGUUUGUGGGGUGAACGUUGGGGCACGCUGUGCGCAGAUUGGCUGCCGUGCUCACUUACAAUAUACACAGUCACUACACUUCACAGUGCAAUCCUGUGGAAUGCUUUCAUAUGUCUUGACGACCAGAUGAGUUAAGGCUUGGUAUCAGAAGCGAGGGUUAUAUCAGUAUUUGACGCCGGGUUGUUGUCAAAGCGAUUGCUGAGAGCGCAACAGCAGCAGCGAGCGCUCACACAGAGCCUGCCAGGGGGUAAAGGUUCCACAGACAGUCUGUGGAGGAUAUCACACAGCGAGUGUUCCUGGUCCGAGUAGCAGGUGCAGCGCUGCACUCAGGUGUUUCAGACACUAAUCGGGAGUAAACGCGGCUCCUUCCCCCCACUGACGGAGAGCGUCCUCAGCCGCUGGCAGUGCACAGUGACAGGCUGGUUAUUCACACUCCUUGCACGCUUACAAGCUGCUAACACAGGCAAAGAACCAUUGUAUUGGUGUAAAGCUGCCUAUUAACCUGUAUUGUAACAGCAUGUAACUCACAGCACCAUCCUGGGCUGGGAUCCAGGGCACUGAGCUGCUGAAUAUUUUUCUGUGGGGCAAUGAUUAAAAGAUUAAAAAUCUGC